CGCCUGGCGGCCCCGGAGCUGCCGCCGCCGUCGCGUUGCCCCCUCCCCUUCCCGCGGCCGCGCUCCUCCUCGCCGCGGAGGAGGCGGCGGCACCGCCACCUCCGCCUGUUCCCCUUCCCUUCCCCCUUUCCCCCGGUUUUCCUUGCAGCGCGGUUCUCCUCUCCGUGGCGAGCGCUGCCUGCCUUCUUUUUUUUUUUUAACUGAAGCAGUGCAUUCAUUCUCCCCUUCAAGCACCAUAAGUCUCACUUGCCAGCUCCAGAACCAUGGCAACAGAAGAAAAGAAGCCAGAUGCAGAAUCCACCAAAACACAAUCUACUCCUUCCUCCUCGACCAAUCAGAGCAAGCCUGCACCACUGAAACCAAACUACGCUCUCAAGUUCACCUUAGCAGGACACACAAAAGCAGUCUCCUCAGUAAAGUUCAGCCCCAAUGGGGAGUGGCUUGCCAGCUCCUCUGCUGACAAGCUCAUUAAAAUUUGGGGAGCAUAUGAUGGCAAGUUUGAAAAAACAGUAUCUGGCCAUAAGCUGGGCAUCUCUGAUGUUGCUUGGUCAUCAGAUUCCAACCUUCUUGUCUCUGCCUCUGAUGACAAAACUCUCAAAAUCUGGGAUGUAAGCUCGGGUAAGUGCUUGAAGACAUUGAAAGGGCACAGUAACUACGUUUUCUGCUGCAACUUCAACCCUCAGUCAAACCUCAUCGUCUCUGGAUCCUUUGAUGAGAGCGUGAGGAUAUGGGAUGUGAAGACAGGGAAGUGCCUCAAGACGUUGCCUGCUCACUCUGACCCAGUUUCAGCUGUGCAUUUUAACCGGGAUGGAUCCCUGAUAGUGUCAAGUAGCUAUGAUGGACUCUGUCGAAUCUGGGAUACAGCAUCAGGCCAGUGCUUGAAAACACUGAUUGAUGAUGAUAACCCUCCUGUGUCUUUUGUGAAGUUCUCCCCCAAUGGCAAAUACAUUUUAGCUGCAACUUUGGACAACACUCUUAAACUUUGGGACUACAGCAAAGGAAAGUGCCUGAAGACCUACACAGGACACAAAAAUGAGAAGUAUUGCAUAUUUGCUAAUUUCUCUGUUACUGGUGGAAAGUGGAUUGUGUCUGGUUCAGAAGACAACCUGGUUUAUAUUUGGAACCUUCAGACAAAAGAGAUUGUACAGAAAUUACAAGGACACACAGACGUGGUCAUCUCCACAGCUUGCCACCCGACAGAGAACAUCAUCGCCUCGGCGGCGCUAGAAAACGACAAAACCAUCAAACUGUGGAAGAGCGACUGUUAAA